CGGGGCUAGACGCGGAGCCCCGAGCGGAAGAGGCCCAGGCGGCUGGGUGAAGCGCGGAGACGGUUUGGCGGUGAGUCUGGGGUCGGCUGGAGCUCAAAGCCCCAGACCGCGGGGGACGCCCAGAGGCACGAAAGACUUGGGGUUCCGGGGCGGUGGCCGCCGACCGCGGGCUCGCCGGCUGCUGGUUCCCUGCCUGCGGCCGCGGACACCCCGCCUCGCCGCCUGCAGAUCGGCCCCGAGAGGCCUCCAGGCCUAGGCGCGGCCCGCGGAGCCCGACGCGCUGCCGCCGCCCGAGCUGCUGUGAGUACCGCUACGAGCGCCCUCUCCACGGUCGUUAACAGGUUAAAAUGGAGGAGAUUUCGUUGGCCAACCUGGAUACUAACAAGCUGGAGGCCAUCGCUCAGGAGAUAUACGUAGACCUGAUAGAGGAUUCUUGUUUGGGCUUCUGCUUUGAGGUGCACCGGGCAGUCAAGUGCGGCUACUUCUACCUGGAGUUCGCGGACACGGGGAGCGUGAAGGAUUUUGGCCUUCAGCCCGUGGAGGAUAAAGGAGCGUGCCGCCUCCCGCUCUGCUCCCUUCCCGGGGAGCCUGGGAACGGGCCCGAACCGCAGCUGCAGCGCUCGCCUCCGGAAUUCCAGUAGCUGCGAUGUGAGAGCGCCUGAGUGUGACCAGGACAGUAACAUAGCCCGGUCCUGUGGUCUGGAGAAGUUAGGUAGCUAAGUAGGGGGGGGAAAGAAAAUAAUAAUCAGACAAAAGCCCCAAUUCCCAUUGAAGAUUCUAGCCUUUAAAACCCCAAAGUGGAGAAUUUAAAAAUUCGGAUUCUUUUCCAAGUAUAUUGACCUGGGAUCAGUUUUUGAAACCCUGGGCAGGGGGAGCUGUGCAUCUUGCACCGUGCGAUGCCAGGCUCAUCUCCAAACGCACCCGGAAGUGCACAAGAUUCCUGGACUGCCCCCUGGCGCACAGGUGAGCCGCUGUGUGCCCAGCAUACAAGAUCCUUUGGUUCCUCAUCCUCCCGGUUUGCCCGCUGUCAAGGGCUUCUUCAGUAACGGACACUUUGGACAUAACUGAUGGCCAGGCCUUUCUCGUUGGGCCUCAGUGGACUGCUCCUCUGAUCUCUGAGCCUCUGUUUUGGGUUUCUUCAAGACAAAAUGAAAGUCAAGUAUGAGACCUGGAUAUUAACAAUUCCAAUUUGGGGAAACCGAGAAAAAGAAUUUCCUACUGAAUCUGGUAGGGGACACUCUGUGGUCUUCGGCUCCAACAAGAAAAGGUCAAGUCACCAAUUUCCCGAAGGUCCAGCAUUCACAGUGACUUCAGCGGACUUGGGGACAAGGGCUAGCCUUUUGUGGAAGAGAGCCCUCUGUGCGGCAUCCCGUGUGGUGGCAUAGGCUUGGCAGAUGGACUACUUGGUUAUCCAGGCAGGUUGAGGACUUGGUUACGGUCCCUUGGGGAGGUAGCAGGGGCCUCUGCAACUAUGCACGAUCUCUCAGAACAGCAAGAUUCAUAUCUGGAGAUACUAUUCUGUGGACAACAGUUUGGUGGGGCGGUCAUUUUCUUACUCUCGAGUUAUGGUUACAUAGCCAGUCCAUGGGUCUGACUUGGUCACUGUGCUAGGUCACUACCUGCCUUCUACCCGAGGGGCAGGCCUAAACUAUAGAGGAGCAUCAUGGCUGCGCAGGAGGCUGUGCUUUGAAAGCUGAGCCCAGAGUGGACCUCUUCCAGCAGCCCUCAAUAAUGUGAAUGGGUUAGUGAUCGGAGCCAAGGAGCAGGACUGGGUUUUCUUCCAUCUGCCUGUGCAGUAUCGAAUGCCCCUGUUCCUUGGGGUGUGCAGUUACAGAGCUCUGCUGUGGUACCUCUAGACUGUCACCACCUUCUCUGCCCCUGACAAAGGGCAGCCCUUUUCAGUUGGUCUUCUUUGGACCUUGAAUACAGGAGCUGUUUUUUGUUGUUGAAAGUCAGGGAAGGGCCCCCAGAAAUUCCUUGGCUAAAGGGAAAGGGGAAGAUGGAAAUUGUGAGCCACAUAUCAAAACUACCCUCCACUUUAUUCCCUGAUUGAGGGUUGUGAAGUGUAGAGGGGAGGGAGCCCCAAGGUGAGCAGGUGCUGCUUUAUUUGAAAUGUUUUCUUACCUCAUUCUGUGCCCCAGUAAGGGGCCCAGCCUCAUCUGUCCGGCUUGGCCCCAUCUUCCUCCUUUUCCCUGCUCCACUGCCUAUCUGGUGCAGCUCAUGAUUCCAGGUGCUGCCUGCCACCUUGAUUUUACAAUGACCAGUUUCAAUUCAUUCCUUGAUGCUCCUGCUUCUGAAGCCUAACCAGUUUCGUUUUCCUUGGCUUCUUUUAAGUUUUUCCCCUUGUUUUUGUGGGAGACUCAGAAGAAUCUAUGGCUCCCUCUGUUGGGAUUAGGGUGGGGAAAAAAAACGUAAUUGUUUGUAUAUGAAAGGCAAUGUGAUCCCCAAGUCUUUCUCCUCUAGGACUGCCUUGCUAAUAUGCCUUCCUGUUGUGUCUUAUUUCAUGAGGAGUUAUAGCUUCCCACUUCCACUUGGAUAAGCAGAAGAACAGUAAAGGCUAGAGACAAACACAUGGAUGGAGUGGGUCCUGAUCCAUUUUCUCUAACCCUGGCUAUGCAUGUAUCCUUUCUUAUUCUAGAAGGAAUUAUUUGGAUGGUGUGGACUGAUUUGGGUUACAUGCUCUAGAAGAUUUAGGAAACAAUAGUAAUAGGGGCUCAAGAUUGUAGAUUAAUGCAUUCUCCCCCUAGAGUUGUCCUGGUCAGGGUAGGGGCCUAGUUACAGAUUGGUCUUUAAUCCAAGAAUUAUGAUUACUUUUUAAAAAGUCAAACUUUGGCAAGAGCUAAAAUAAUUUUGGGUAAUCUGCCCUUGACUUUUUAUAGACAUCUUCUAAGGAGAUGCAGAAGUAAAGGAGGGUUUAAGUGAUUCUCUGGCCUACUUCCAGAUAAUGUCUGGGAAACAGGCUGACGAUAAUGCCAUUGUCCACUCUUCCAUCAGAGAGGGAGCUCAGAUUGUGACAUUACCAUUUUCUUACUGGCCUUUUCUCCUGGUUAGAGGAUGAAGUGGGAAGUUCAUAUUAUCUCUCACUUGGUAUUGUUUUUUGCUCCACUAUCAGGGCAGUCGCCCCCGGCCCUGGAUGGGUAUGCAGUGAGCUAAAACAAACUUAACUCCUUUCAUUUUGGUGGAGGUAAUGCGCCCUACCAUAUAGUUGACAGUGAUUAGGAACUCUCCCUUUCCUUACCUAUCUUCCCGCUAACAGCAAAAUUCUUAUCCUUUCCUCUUCAAUUAAAUGUAUUGAUCACCCUGUAAUUCUAUUAUGUGUCUGUUUGUGUGUGUGUGUGUGUGUGUGUGUGUGUGUGUGUGUGUAUGUAUGGGGGGAAGGGGUUCUUUACAAAAGUUCUGUGGUUUGUGGCUUAUUCUUCCAUACAUUAUUUCCUAUCACUGCAUGCCCAGGGGCCAUUACCUGGCAUUAUCGCAUGCUGGGAUCAUUGGGGAAGUGUAGUGAAAUUCACCUCUGUCCUUUGUUUUGGAGAUUCUUAUUUUUGCAAAGUAGUUUAUCCUACAUAGAUUGCUGUGUAUUCCCCUUCCCCUAUGGCUGCUGGUGUAAAUAAAUUGCAUCUCCCCAUUGGUAAAUAGUAAUAAUAAAAUUUUAAAAAAUGACUUUA